GAUCAUUAAUUUCGUCGCCAUCAUAGCGACGAAAUCGCGACCGCGGUGGCCCGCAGAAAUAUUAUAUCGUCGUUUACGACGAAAGGGAGGCCAAUCGCUUCCUAAAAAGCGAGAGCUUUCGCUUUUUUCUGUGCUUUGUUUAAACGUCGUUAAACCGACUCAUCGACGGUCGACCAUCGGCUUAUCGAGGGUUUCUUUUACAACUUUGGAACUGACGAAACAUGGCUUAUUGAAGAAGAUGAAGGGCUUGCAGAAAAAUAUUAUUUCUCCAUACGGAGGAGACCACAUCUCUGCCAACGCGAAAAACGAGGCCAAUUAUAGCCGAACUGCCAAUGGACAAAAAGACCAAAUAUCCACAGUCCUCUUCAAAGGGGACUGCUGGUGAUUCCAAGAAAAGUCAAGAUGUUGCCAACAACAAAUUAUUUCCGAAAACAUCACGUAAACGUGAACCAACUGGCGCUAAUAGCUUGUCUAAAUAUGAUCAGACAAAAAAGUACAAUACACAAAAAGCAAAAACUUUUGAUAAGAGACCAAAACCUAAAGGACAAUAUCAUGGCGGUUCAAAGGAGGAUACCAAGGUAGUAGAAAUUGAAACAGCUGAGUUCGGCUCAGUUAUGGCACAAGGAAGUAAAAAGCAGAAUUUGAAUCAUCUGCUGAAUUUCCAUUAUGAACCACGUGACAUGCAAAGUGGUUCGGAUACAUGGAGAAUGGGAAAUGCUAGUAAAGGCUAUAAUCGUAACAGCAACAGAUGGCUUCCGCCGGUACAACGGCAUAAGUAUAACAAGGAACAAUUCUUACAAGCCAGCUGCCAAUUUGUUGUGACUGCCAACGAAGAUUAUUCUUUAUACCUAACUGAUCCUGAUACACUCGUUGAUUGGAAAUAUAUAGAACAAGUAAAAAUUCAUAAUACAGAAAGCUUAUCGUGCCCAAUUUGUUUGUUUUCACCAGUAGCUGCAAAAAUGACUCGCUGUGGUCAUGUUUAUUGUUGGUCGUGUAUUCUGCAUUAUUUAUCUUUGUCUGAUAAAUCCUGGCGCAAGUGUCCUAUUUGUUAUGAAUCUGUACAUAAAUCUGAUCUGAAAAGUGUUAUUGAGGUUACACAGAAUGCUGUCAAUUUGGGAGAUCCAAUAACAUUACGUUUGAUGCGACGUGAAAGGGGUUCAUUAAUUGCAAUGCCUGCAAGUGAACCUAUUACAGCCACUCCAACAACAUUUUUCCAGGUUUCUAAAGGUUGCAAUAAACAAGUUUACUCCAAACUUCUAAUAGCAAACCCAAAAGACAUCAUGGAUAUCAUCGAGUGUGAACGCGCGCAGUUAAAAAUUGAAUUAAUGAAUGAUCCACAUUCCCCUGAAAAUUGCUAUAUCGAACAAGCGAUUUGUGAACUUGCCAAGAGAGAAGAGGAACUUCUACAAAAGAAAGUAAACGACGACGGGUCACAUCAAGAAGUAAUAGGAAAUAUUUCAUCUACAUCAAUAGGAGAUAAAGUUGAACAAGAGAAACAAGAAAGUCAUCAAUUAAUACAGCAAAGUAACGACGAAGUAAAUAAUUUAUAUAAAGAAGAUCAACCUUUGUGCAAAGAGGCAACAGAAUCUAGUAACAUAUUUUCGAGUGAAACACAAUUACCUUCGCCUUCGCAAAAAUUCUUUUAUUUCUAUCAGGUUGAGGACGGACAAAAUGUAUAUCUUCAUGCAAUGAAUGUGAAAAUGUUGGAAAUGCAAUAUGGUAGUCUGGAGCAUUGUCCUCUGGUUAUUACGGGAAAAUUAUUAGAAAAGGAAGUAGGCAGUUUUACAGAAGACCUAAGACGGCGAUUAAGAUAUCUAUGCCAUCUACCUCUGACUUGUCAAUUUGAGGUUGCUGAGAUAGAACUUAAACCACCUAUUGUGUCGGAAGAUGUUCUUAAUUCCUUUCAUGAACAAUUGGAAACCCGACAGAAGAGGAGGCAACGGAGGGAACGCGAAGAAAGGAAACGAGAGAAAAAGAUAAUAGAAGAAGAAAACAAACAAAUGGGCAAAUAUCCAGUGCCAAAUGUGAACAUCGAUUCAACGCGUCACUUUCCUCAGUGGCAACCAGAACUUUUUACGGAAGAUGCGAUUCCUUCGCCAUCGGAAUCAUUGGCUACCUCCAGUGUAGCCAGCAGUCCGUCUUUGAGUACAUUUGACGAAGUUGUCUCAACUACUAGAAAAAUAAGUAACCCGAAUGAACAAGGGCCGUCGUUUGCUGAAAUGUUACGUAAUACUGGUGCACGCUUCAAAGCUGGAAGAUCCUGGCCAUCGGUCAAACCUACCCUUCCUGAAAGAUCAAAAUCUGUUAGAUCAGAUAUCGAGGAGGACGAUUGUGCUCAUGCUCCAUCCUAUAGUCAAAGUUUUGGCGAUGCCUUAGCACAGGCUUUGGAGCAGACAAAAUUGUUAAAUGCUGAAGCAAAGUUAAACGAUAAUGUAAGAGGCAAAAAGAAGAAGAAGAGUAAGGCUACUGUAUUAUUUGCAACCAAUAUGUCACGCGCGUCAUAAACGAAGCUUAAAUGUUAUUAAUUUUAGAGAACCUGCAUGUGUUUUGUUCUUUAUUUUACUCAAAAUUCAGUUGGUCUUCGGAAAUAAAUUUGGAUAUUUUAUUGCAAAAAUUGCAAGUGUUUAGUGUUAGACUCGUCAUUAAGUUUGGUGUAAAAUUUCCUUUAUAAUGCUUGUAAAAUAAAAUCUUGUUUUCCAAACUAA